UGACGGAAAGCCGUUGUACUAUUUAUUGUAAUUAUAUUUCAGCUCAGGUGUUACUUUACUCAUGUACUUGACAAAAAAGCGCAUGGACGUAGACGCUCAUGUUAAAAGAUGAAGAAAAUGAUCUUGGAAUUCGAAACAAGGAACCAGUACAUAUUCAAGUAAAUUAAACUGGGUAUAGGAACAUCAAUAAUCCGUUUAGAAUUUGUUUCAAAAUGAAUUUUGUUUUUGGAUUUAUUCUGAUUGCUGUAUCAAGUCGGAUUUUGUCAUGCAGAAAUGACUGCAUAACAAUAGGAGUUAUAGCCCAUGGCACAGGUUCAACAGAGAUUGAGACGUUUUCAAGGCAUGAACAGAAAUUUGUGAUUGUUAAGCAUCUCGUUGAUACUACAGAAGUUUUCAAUAUAUUUAGUUCAGUUCAAAGACUGGACGCAGAUACAAAUGUAGAUGUAAUUGCAUUGCUCGAAUACGAUGUUAGCAUUUUGAAGAUCCCACUUGUUUUGAAGACACACAGAAAGAAACUGAUAAAACUUGGAGCCAGAUCUAGGAAUAAAAAGAUUUCGAAGAGAAUAAAAGACAUGGAGCUACCAAGACAUUCAACUGAUACAAACGAUGGCGGUACUCCUGUUUCUGCAUCUGAAGAUACCUAUUGUUUGACAGAUCUUAACAUGACAAACACACACGAGGAUAAUGUAUUAUUGAAAAUGCCAAUACCUCUGGCCAUCCGUGCUUUGGUUAAAUCCUUGAAGUGGCGCAUUAUAAUUGUAUUCUACGAAAGCUCUACAGAACUGGAAGUAACGGCUCUAGUCGAUGGUCUAUCAAAGGAUGGUGUUCUUUUUGCUAUGUACAACACUGAUCAUGUAACGGAUAUGCAUAAUGUUUUACAAGACAUUUACCGAGCAAAGGGGGCAGCGAACAAAGAGAUUGAUGUGAUCAUCGUAUGCAAGCUUUUCAAUACGAAGACAAUUCUGAAGACUGCAAACAAUUUCGACUCAUUACAUAAUGAGAAAACUGUGUUGAAAAUGUUCUCAAGAUGGUUGGUUGUGUUAUACGAUUACACUCAAAGUGAUUCAAAGGCACUUCAAGAAUCUGCGAACGACCUUGACAACAUUGCGAUAUUAGCAGUUCCAGAACUACGAAACAUUGACAUAGAUGUCUUCUAUAGAGGCAUCGGUUCCACUGUACUUGACAUUCAAAGAGAAGAGGUGGGAGCCGGUGAGGACAAUACUGAAUUUAAAAGGGAAUUCAUUAACAGACUUCAGGAGAAUGCACGUUCCUGGAAUCCUACCAGUAAAUGCCAAGGGUACCGCAUUGACACAUUGCUUUGGAGAAAGACCGGCAGAGAAUUCAGCCCUGUCGGCUAUGCUGAUCUCAACGGCAAUGUUGUUGUCAGCGCGAACAUCUUUCCAAACACAAAAUAUGGAUAUAACAAGAGAUCGUUUCUUGUAUCUACACUGCCGUACUCGCCAUUUGUCGUGAAACGAAAGGUUAACAACUCCUACAUAUAUGAAGGAUUUUGUAUGGAUUUGUUAAAAGAGUUGGCGAGCAAGCUGAAUUUUACAUAUAACUUGACUGAGCCAGCAGAUAGAAAAUGGGGAAGUUUAAGCAAUUCCGUGAAUGUAACAUUCAAUGGUCUUGUUGGACAACUGCAGCGAGAGGAAGUAGAUAUCGUUGCUUCGGCCAUAUCAGUGCAAGCAGAGAGAGACCCAGUGAUGGAUUUUAGUUAUCCUUACUACUACGGAUAUACUACAGUGCUGGUGAAGAAACCAGACGUCAAUGCUACAAAAUGGAAAACGUUGAUAGAUCCUUUCAAAUGGGAAGUUCUUCUGGCAAUAGUCGCGUCUUUGGUGAUAGUUACAAUUCUAGUAUUUCUCAUUGAGAAGUACAAUCCAUUCUAUGAGGUUUCUAAGCAUGCUGAAAAUAGACUUGAAAAUGGUGGUCUUCAUACAUGGCACAGUUCCUUUUGGUAUGUCUUUGGAGCAUUACUAUGUCAAGGUGGUGUACAUUUACCAGAAUCAACAGCUGGGCGAACUCUGAUUAGUUGUUGGUGGUUAACGUGUAUUAUAAUUGUUGGCACAUACUGUGGAAAUCUCAUUGCCUUUCUGACAGUGACCAAAGAAAAGCCACCUUUCAAUACUCUACAAGAAAUGAAUGAAUUAAAGGGUACCUAUAAAUGGGGAACGAUUGGCGGAACCGUUUGGGAGUCGAUGUUUCCAAACUCCAGCAACCCGACAUUCAGAGCAAUGGGAGAGGCAUUUAUAGAGUUCAACAAAACUGACCCGACUAUUUUGCACCACAGCCCUGUUUAUCAUGUUGAAAGGGUGAAAAAAGGAAAAUAUGCGUGGAUAGGGGAUAAAACAUACAUGGAAAUUGCAAUGGCAACAGAAUGCAGUCUUAUGACCAUCAAGGAAGAAUUUAUGCCUCUAAAAUACGUGCUUGGGUUCAAGAACAACUCUUCUCAUGCAUCAAUUUUCUCAGAUCAAAUAUUAAAAAUACACGAAGGAGGUUUAUUCCAAAUAUGGAAACGGAAGUGGUGGCCUAAGUCAAGUUUUUGCGCGGGAAAUUCAAUAACAGAAGCAAAACCGAUUUCUCUAAUGGACGUUCAAAGUGCGUUUUAUGUUUGUUUACUUGGAGUUUUCUUAGGUUUAACUGCCUUUUUGAUUGAAAUAAUAUUGCAUAAGUACCAAUUGUUUGUGCAAAAAAUGAGAAACAAGGCCAAAAGUGACACACAGAACACAGUAAUAUUAAAAAAAACGUCAUUUAAUGGCAUUAAAAUAAGUAUGGAAUGUAGACAAACUCGGCUGUGAAGGUUAAACAAGCAAAUACUGAUUGCAGGACAAAAUGUUCGCAUACAUACUUCGUUAUAUACCAGACUGAUAACUAAAGACACACGUUUCAUUUCUGUUUUUGUUUGCUUUCCGUUUAAGAGUACUAUGUGUUUGAUUUUCAUGAAAAUGUUUUUAAUAUUCGAGCCAGAAUUUCAUUUACAUAAUAUGUUGACAGCCAUGAUAAUGAGUUAAAAGUUGCUAUUCUCCUUUUAAUUGUGUUUUCAUAUCAGAAAAAGUACCCUUUGCUUAUAUUGAUUUUGAUUAGUCAAUACUUAAUAUGAAAUGAUCAAUAGCACAGGUAUCUUUUCUUAUAUUACUUUCAAGUAAAUUUAUGUUUUGUUACGAAAUAAAUUCUUUUAAUUUC